AUGGCCGUCAUCGAAUUCCUCGAGCGUCGCAUAUACCACGAUGACCCGCCUGACCUCCAGUCGCGGGUGGCUACGAACCCAACCCUGAUCGUGUCUUGGUGGUGCACAUUGUUUGCCCUCACAGCCAUCCUGAUUCGUGUCCUUGGACGAUGGGUGCGCACCGAGAGACUGUUUCGGGAAGAUAAGAUCAUGUUCUAUAGCAUCAUUCCCCUUAUGAUCCGCAUGGGUCUGGUUCAUGUCAUUCUAAUCUGGGGGACCAACAACACAAAAACCGAGGGGCUGACAUCUUUACAAAUACACCACCGCGAGAUUGGAAGCAGAUUGGUCCUGGCGGCGCGAAUAUUCUACGCCGCAUUUAUUUGGAUCGCCAAACUCACCGUUCUCGAGUUCCUCAAGCGCCUCAUUGGGAAGUCGUGGGCCAAGUCGUACGAAGUCGGACUCCGGUUCAUCUAUGGCUUUCUGGCUGUCACUUUUAUUGCCGUCGUUAUUGGCACCCUGUCCGAAUGUCAACCUUUCUCGCACUACUGGCAGGUCGUCCCGGAUCCGGGCUCUCAUUGUCGAGAAGGGUUGGUGCAACUAAUUGUCAUGGGGGCGUGCGACAUCGUCUCUGACGUGGUCCUUAUUGUCUUUCCCAUCCCCUUGGUCUGGCAAUCCUCGAUGCGCGUCCGAAAGAAGAUCUCUCUCGUCCUCCUCUUUCUCCUAUCAACCAUCCUCAUCGCCAUAACCGCUUAUCGAGUUCCUUCCACCAUCUCACGCCGCUCGUCGCAGCAGUACCGAUCGCUAUUGGCGUCACUGGAAAUUCUGGCCGCUGCAGGAGUAUCCAAUUCUAUUGUCAUCGGCAGCUUCAUCCGUGACAGAGGUGUGAAGAAGGCUAAAUUCAGAGCAGCGUCCUUCGAUGACGCUAGUUCCCUAGGUCGACAACCUACAAGAGCCCGGACUGUGUCCGUUACCCAACACCAUUGGGGCUCUGAUGAAGAUCUCGCCAGGGGUGUUGGCGUGUCGCUACCCCCAGUACUGCGCCGCGGGACGUAUAUGGAACAGACCCCUCGUUUGGCCGAGGUGGCUGUGGUGGCAGUUCCCCAAAAAGCCUCUAAUAUCAACAUCGAGCAUGGCGACCAAAUCCGACAUGCUCCGUUCAAAUCAAGGUGGAAUUUUGCAGAAGCGUCCCGCAGCCGCCGAAAGUCCUCCUUAGAUACCCUCAGCAGCACCUCAACGGCCGACAUUAAACUCCGCGAUCUAAAACUCCAACUAGAGGAACCGCGCGAAGACGCAGGUGGCAGCGAGUACGCGGAACCAGACACUCCAAGCAGAAUGGGCUUCUUCGACGUCGGAGGCCUCGUCGAUCAACCACCCAGUGAAUCACCAAUCUCUCGCUCCCGCCAAGCAUCCAUCCAAGAAGUUUCCCGUCGCCUGUCGCAGCCCCACCAGCACGGAGUCAGGUCCGGUUCGAAAGCCUUCCUUUCGGACAUCGGUGGUCUUCUAUCUCGACCAUUACGGAUACGCGAAGAGGAGGAGCUUCAUUCCACGUCGACAGCGUCGCCGAGACAGACAAGUAGCCCCGGUCGUUCGCCUAUGAGGUCGGAGAAGAAGAAGUCGUCAAAUCGAAAUCGCUUCCCUUCGCAGCAGGAGGAUAUAUUCCCCGAUCGACCGGCGAGGCCGAGUGGACCCGAUGAUUUGAGUAUCUCGGACGCUGGUGGGUUAUUACGAUGA